GGGUCCUCAGAAGACAAGGAAUACUCACUGUACAGUAUUCUUAGUGCAGACACACAAUCCGUAAUGGCAUUCGAGGAUUCUAAAGUACGAACUUUCUGGCCUGCAGACUAUGCUGUGUUUGCUGGCCUUUUUGUGGUGUCCUGUGGAAUAGGGAUUUUCUUUGCAAUCAAGGACAGGAAGAAGGUCACUUCGAAUGAGUUUUUGGUCGGAGGAAGGCAGAUGUCCUGUGGCCCUGUGGCACUCUCCCUCACUGCCAGCUUCAUGUCGGCAGUGACAGUCCUGGGGGCUCCUGCCGACGUGUACCGAUUUGGGGGUGCCUAUAUUUACUUUUGUGUUGCCUUCUUGUUUGUGGUGACAUUGUCAGCUGAGGUUUUUGUACCUGUUUUCUACAGAUCGGGAAUCACCAGCACAUAUGAGUAUUUAGAACAGAGAUUCUCUAAGGGAGUCCGCACAACUGCUACGCUCAUCUACGUGGUGCAGACAAUCUUUUACACAGGAGUAGUGGUGUAUGCACCUGCCCUUGCCCUCAAUCAAGUGACUGGGUUUGACCUGUGGGGCUCCAUAUUCGCAACUGGCAUAGUCUGCACAUUUUACUGCACACUGGGUGGCUUGAAGGCCGUGGUGUGGACAGACGCGUUUCAGAUGGUGGUGAUGGUAGUCGGCUUCCUGACCGUGCUGAUCCAGGGGUCCAGCCGAGCAGGGGGGGUGGAAAAGGUGUGGCAGACAGCUCUGAAAGGCUCCAGGCUGGACAUCUUUGACUUUGACCCUGACCCCCUGCGGCGCCACACAUUCUGGACUGUCUCCGUUGGGGGCGCCUUCACUUGGCUGGGGAUUUAUGGAGUGAACCAGUCCACGAUCCAGAGGUGCAUUUCCUGCAAGUCUGAGAGACAUGCCAAGCUGGCUUUGUACUUAAAUCUUUUGGGUCUGUUGGUGAUUACAUUUUGUGCAGUCAUGUCUGGUCUCGUCAUGUAUGCUUUCUACGCACAAUGUGACCCCUGGUCUGCUGGAAUUGUACAGGCAUCUGACCAGCUUAUGCCUUAUUUUGUUAUGGAAAUUCUGGAAAAUUAUCCUGGACUUCCAGGACUGUUUGUUGCCUGUGCCUUUAGUGGGACAUUGAGUACUGUGGCUGCCAGCAUCAAUGCCCUGGCAACUGUAACCUAUGAAGAUUUCGUCAAACAGUGCUGUGACCUCUCUGACAAAGCUGGAACCUGGAUCAGCAAGGGAUUGUGUGUCCUCUUUGGAGUGGUCUGUACCACAAUGGCGGUCACAGCAUCCUUAAUGGGGGGAAUUGUGCAGGCAGCACUGAGUAUUCAUGGGAUGUUCGGGGGUCCCAUGCUUGGGCUCUUCUCCCUAGGGAUCCUGUUCCCCUGCACAAACUCCAAGGGGGCUGCAGGGGGCCUGAUAUUGGGCAUCACUCUGUCCUUCUGGGCUGGAGUUGGUGCAUUCAUCUACCCUGCUCUUGACAGUAAGACCCGACCUCUGCCACUCACCACUGGGGGGUGCGGUGCUGUUGUUAACACAACUGUUCUCCCAGUUUCAUCGGAAGCCACAUCAGUCAGGCCAUUACUGGCUGAUUACUGGUAUUCCAUGUCCUACCUUUACUACAGUGCUGUGGGGUUCAUCGCUACCGUCACAGGAGGCUUGCUGAUAACCUGGCUCACAGGUUCUACCCCCACUGAGGAUGUGAAACCCUGGCUAAUACGACCAGUAUGUGACCUCUUCUGCUUCUGGUCUGAAAAGUACAAGAGGAUGUGUUGGUGUGGUGUUGAUCAUAUGGAGGACAACCUGGAUUUGGACAGCCAAAUUGUCCACACGCAGGAAAAAUCCCCAGACCAUGAGAACUGCCUACGAAAAGACCCUGUGGGAACAGGAAGGAGUUAUGACCUGCAGAAGGCAUCCUACACCAAUGCAGGAUUCAUAAAGGACACACAGCUUUAAGAGGGGACGCACGUUGAGUGUUAAAUCAGGACAUGGCUUAUCACUCAAAGCAGAAUCAUUUGUUUAAAAAAAAAAAAAAAAGAAUUCAAGCCCCCUGAAGAUUUAAUGGAGUUAAUGGAGGUGUCAUUGCCUAUGAGCUGUGAAAGUUUUGCCAUGCACGUGAUUAUGUCUUGCAUUAUAAUGUAUCAACGUUUAUAGCCUACACUACAUAAAGUAUACAGAAUCUCAACAAAAAUGUUGCCAACAUAAAAAAAGCCAAAUUACUAAAACACAGAAAGCUUCCAUUAUAAAUCAGUAAUAACACAAGUCCUGAAAAUCUUCAUGCACAACUAAUUAUUGAUAUCAAAAUGAUGGUAAGUUAGGAUGAAACUCUCCAAAAUGUUUCACAGAAACUAAGCGAACCAUAUAGCAAACCAAACUUCUGAUUUUACAGAUUAUUUUUAAAGUUGUAUUUUACAACACUAAUUAAAUUAAUGUUAUAUACAACUACAUUUGAUAAUUGUCUCUGUCUGAACAACCACUAAGACUAGCUCUAGCUGCAAGUGACACUGCAGGUGCUGUGAGAGUAGGAUGCUCUCUUAAGACUGAGAGCAUCCUACUCUCUCUACCAACCUAAACUAUUUGUAUUCUGAGUCAAUGGAUAACAGCAAGAAAAAAACAGUAUUGCGAAUGUUACUAGCUAGCUAGCAGGUCACUGUUGUCUAGCUAGCCACGCUAGUCACGCAAGCAAGCCAGCUACUACUACAAGCCUCCCUCACACAUGCCCCCUAUUAAAAUUAUGUUAAUGGAGAUGUGGACAAGAGUAUCAAUAACUAAAAUUGGACAGCAAGCACUGACUUUAGAAUUGCUAAGCCCGGCCAAUGUUAUUUGUGACUGCAAUCAAAUAGUCAAGAUUUAAUUUGUGUAACUUACUGUAAAGAGGCCCUUUAGCCCCUUACUACAGUAAAUAUUGGAGAUACAAACUCAUCAGGAGUCAUUAUUUAUUGUAACUCUGAAACGGAAAGGAAAUUUUAUUUUUAAUCAUUCAUUGCAAUGGUUACUUGCAUUACUCUAUCCUUAUUGUUGCCUUUCUUGAAUGAUCAAAAACAUUACCAGACAGCAGGCAUAAUUUCAUAAGGAAUGUAUCCUACAUGUGUCAGUUACGGGGACACUGAAAACCAUUAACCAAGAAAUGUGCUAGAAGGAUACAUGGGGUGAACUACAAGUUCAAAGCAAGCUAGGACUACAAGUUCUUCUCAUAUCGUAAAAGCAUAAAAGACAUGACAUCAGUAAGGGGACAUUGAAAGGUGAGCAGCAGUCUGGAUGUAAUGGCAGCUUCUGACAGCACAGCUCAACUUAGUCAGCUUCUAGCACUGUCAGUUAAUAAAUUCAUUAGUCAAUGUGUUGAUAAAUGCAUUAUAGCACAUUUUUCAGUGUGAAAAAUAAAUAUUCUCAUGUUCUUUGAAAUAA